AAACCCGGUCGAUAAAUUAGAUAUCUGUCAUUGUUUUCUGUAUUCGAAUUUGAAUGUGCAAAUAACCUAACUUUCGAUCGCGUUAAAAUAGCAAACAUUUGUCGAAAAACACUAAUGUGAGCGCUUAUUUCAUAACCAGUGUGUUACUCAACACUUGUGCUAACUAUUCUUUAUCAAAUUUGCAAGUGUUACGAGUUUUUUUAACCCAAAGACUUGUAAACUCGUCAAGACUUGCAUUAACCCUCAAUGACACCCAACUACCACAUUUUUUAAAUCAGCGAUGGCAACUUUAGAACGCCUCCAAAUCUCCGGCGUUCGCAGCUUUGGCCCCAAUGAAGAACACUGCCAAACAAUAAAAUUUGCGACCCCUUUAACCCUAAUUCUGGGCCAGAACGGUUCCGGCAAAACCACUAUAAUCGAAGCCAUCAAGUACGUGUGUACCGCCGAACUGCCCCAAGGGACAAAUGGGGGCCAAGGGUUCGUCAACGACCCCAAAAUGUCCUCCCUGACCACCACAAGGGGCCAAAUUAAACUACGCGUUGUUGACUCGAAAAACAACGCGGUUACGAUUAGUCGCAUCAUGGAAUUAACCCAAACUGCAAUCAACACGCAACGGUUCAGCUCAAAAGGGGCGACAAUCCGUAUCGUGAAACCAAACGGCGACGACUCGAGCAUUUCCGGCCGUUGUGCCGAUAUUACAAACGAGUGUUGUCAAAUAAUGAACGUUUCGUCUUCGAUUCUCAAUAAUGUGGUGUUCUGUCACCAAGAAAACUCCGCCUGGCCUUUGGACGAAGGCAAGAAAGUCAAGGAGAAGUUUGACGAGAUUUUCGACGCCCAACAGUCCAACAAAUGCGUGGAAAUUUACCGUAAACUACUCAAAGAAAAGCAAGAGAAAAUCAAGCUUCUUAAACUCGAACUUGAAUACAAAAAAGAGAAGAAAGAACAAGUGGAUAAAGACAAGCGAGUCUUGCAAGACAAAGAGGCGAAACUUGAGUCAUUUGACGGCGAAAUCGCGCAAAAAAUGACGAAACUACAACCGGUCAAGAAACGAAUCGAUGAAAUUAUCGACCUGGAGAAGGUCCUAAGUGAGCUAGAACGCGAUUUGGCGACUAAGGAAGCCACGAAAAAUGGGCUAGUUGAAGAGCAAAAAACCAUCAAGAAAAAUCUAGCUUUUGAGUUCGAAGGCACGGACCAAGAACUACAAGACAAGAUCAAAUCUUUCGAAAACGAGCGUCAAAAGGACGAAACGUUGAUACAAGAUUUAGUCAAACGCCAGAACGACAUUGAAACCAAAAAGCGGGAGAUUAACGAAGCGGUGCAGAAAACACAAAGUGACUUGGGACGCUUGAACCAACAGAAAAGUCACAACUUGAAGAAGUGUUGCGAACGCAAAAAAUUAUUCGACCAGGCUUUGGACAAGUUCCGUGUGAAGAUAUCGAACUUUGACGACAAUACCGGAGCCAAACAUGCAAUAAAUCAGCUAAAGUCCGCUCUAAAUGAGCGCCAAGACGAUCUGGGGACACUUAUUGAAGAGAAAGAAUUGGACUUGAUGUCUCUACAAGCCACACUUGAUGACGUCCGUGCCAAAAGCAUCAAAACCCAACAAAUCAUUUCGUCAAAAAGGCGAGAAGUCACCGAUUGUGAGCAAAAAAUCGAAAGUGUUUCACUCGAGUUGGCCGCACUUGCCUCCUCUGAUGAGUUCCUUCAAGACUACACGAAACGUCUGGAGGCCAUCAGUAAGACAAUCUUCAACUUGAACAACUCGUUCCGUGAAACCGAAGAAAGCGAACGAAUGGAAGCUAGUCGGAGUCAAGUCACGACCUUGGAACACAAUCUAGACGGCUUGGAGCGGGAGUAUCGCAUCCUCCUCCAGAAUGAUACCGUUGAGGGAAAAAUCGAGAGUGAGAGACACCUAAUUAUGGAAAAACAACGGGAGAUUAACAAGAUUAAAAGCAAACAUGCGGAGAGUCUUCGAGAAUUGUUUGGGACACAAUCGCCUGACUGCAAUUUGAAAGACGCCGUUUUGGCGAAACAGAAAAGUGCAGAUCUGGCGCUUCAUACACUCAAUGAGCAAAUCGCGCGGAAACAAAAGGACGUGACCACGCUUGAAGUGCAACUACAGAACCAAAUCGAAAGGAUUGGUUCCUGCCAAAGGGACUUGAAAACCGGCCGUGAGAAGAUAUCACAAGUGUGCAACGGACGCGACUUUGACGAAGUCCUAACCCGUUGUUCCGAAAAAAGGGAACGCUUACAGCGGGAUAAGGGGAAUUACACUUCGGUUAAAAUUAUCUACAACCAAUACAUUAAGAAGUUUGAAGAGGAGAGGCCGUGUUGUCCCGUUUGUGAGACAAAUUUUUCGGGGAAAACCACAGUCGUCGGUAAGAUUAUAACAACGUUGAAAAGUAAACUCGAUAAAGUCCCUCAACAACUGGCGAAGGUUGAAACCGAGUUAGUUGAAGAGGAGGCGUUGUACAACAAAUUGCAACAAUUGAAAGUUGUCAAUGACGAAAUCACUGUCUUGACGAGGGAAAAGCUGCCGGAGCUGGAAUCGGGUCUUAACGAGAUCAAGCGCGAUUACGAGGCGAAAAAAACCGACUUGGAGGCGUUAAAACAACAAACUUGUGGGCCUUUGAAGAUUUUGGAAAUCUCCAAAAGUGUUAUCUCUGAUGUUAGCACGCUGGAUCAGAAUCAAGCCGACGUUGACAAGUCGCAAAAGACAGUCGAGAAGUUAAAACGUGAGCUGGCACUUGUCCCUUCACAGAAAUCGAAGCAAGAAGUCGAGGCUGAAAUUGACUCGACCAAGGCCGAGUUGAGCGAAUUGAGGCGCAAGAUUGAGGCGCAAACCAAGAAAAUCAACAGCCAUAAGGACCGCUUGCAGCAACUGACCCAGGAACGGAACGCUCUGUUUGAGAAGCAAAUCCGGAUGAAGGACAGUAUGCAAAACCGGCCAAACCUUGAAGCACAGUUGAACGAAGCGAACGAGAAACUCCAAACUUUGAGGGGGGAAAUAGUGGCGAAAAAGACCGAACUGGAGGAUUUGGAAGACGAGUUGGGGAAAAUCGAGACGCAGAAAAAAAACCUCGUUCAGGAGAACAAAACUGUCGUUGAGAAGGAACGAAACCAAGUGGCCAUGUUUGGCAACCUAGUCCACAACAUUGAGAAACUGGAAGGCGAAAUUGAGGAUUAUGUGCGCGAAGGUGUUGACGAAAAGUUGGCGGCGCUUGAAACUACCUUGGGGGAGUUUCGCCAAAAAGAGGCGACUCUUGAUCACACGAAAACGAAAAUUUUGAAUUUACUGUCGGAGAAGAGGGAGGCUUUGGCGAAACAUGAGUUGCGCUUCCGGACGUUGCAAAGCAACGUAACUUUGCGCGAGAAAAAGGUGCUUGAGUUGGAUUUGGUGUUGAAAAUUGAGGAUUUGAGGAAGUUGAUCGGUGGGCAUGACUACCGUACGGUCUACGAUGAGAAGUGUGAAUUGAUUAGGCAAAAAGAGAGUUACGAAAAGACCAUUAAUAGUAUAACUGGCGAGAAGAACGCGCUUUUGGAGACGGUUGACGAUUUGCGGCUCAAACUGGCAAAGCCCGAUUGGAAAAAUGCCUACAGUAACUAUAUGACAAAGUUGUAUGAACUCAAACUGGCCGAAUGCGUGGUUAAAGACUUGUUCAAGUACAUCACGGUCCUCGAGAAGGCCAUUCUGGAGUUCCACGCUACGCGAAUGAAGCAAAUCAAUAAAACAAUCCGCGAAAUGUGGCGUGAGAUAUACAGGGGGAACGACGUUGAUUACAUUGAGAUCAAAGCCGAGCACGCUGGCUCCACAACGGCCAAUAGGAAACGCACCUAUAACUACAGAGUGGUUCAGGUGAAGAAGGGAGUGGAGUUGGAGAUGCGGGGGCGUUGCAGUGCCGGUCAGAAAGUCCUAGCUUGUCUCAUUAUACGUAUGGCUUUGGCUGAGACGUUGAGUGCCAAUUGUGGGAUUUUGGCGCUUGAUGAACCGACGACUAAUUUAGAUAGGGAGAAUAUUUUCAGUUUGUGCGAAGCUUUGGCCAGGAUUGUGGAGUCGAGGCAGAAAGAGAAGAAUUUUCAACUGGUGGUUAUUACGCACGAUGAGGAGUUCAUUAAUGCGCUUACGAGGGCACAAGGUGUGCCCUUUUUCUACAGGGUGUCGCGGAACCAGGACGGGUUCUCGGUCAUUAAGAAGGAAUACGCGUUGUAACGUGAUUUUUCUCCCAUUGUUUAUUUUUUUUAAUAAAAUUUUAUGGAUAA